AUGAGGUCUGAAGCACAAUGGGCGGGAGAGACGGCCGAUCUCCCAGACCGGAGCUGCCCACUCGUUCUCAUCAGGUGCCCUGUUAACCCUCUUCCCCUUUGGACUGAUGGGUUUGAUCCCAGUCCCCCCUUGGGAGGCUACCCUGACCUACUGGGAGUAACGGGAGAAACUACUGAGUCCGCAGGGACGUCAAGUGACGUAUCAAACAUGGUGGACGCAACGAGGUCCCCCGACACUGUUCAGGAACAGCUAGACUUUACAGCAAAGCUGAACAGAGCUUUUGAUAUUUUCUGGCAGAAUCUAGAGUAG